GAGGCAGUUGGACAAGUUUGUGGCUGAGCCGGUUUAUCCAGUGUUGAAGAUGGGAAGUUACUUGUCUGCCCCAGCUUACUUCGCUCCCAAGGAUCCCUUUCGGUGCUCUGAAUGUCAGGAUCCUCUCACUAACUGGUACUAUGAGAAAGAUGGGAAGCUGUACUGUCACAAAGACUACUGGGGGAAGUUUGGGGAAUCCUGCCAUGGCUGCUCUCUGCUGAUGACUGGACCUGUGAUGGUGGCUGGCGAAUACAAGUAUCACCCCGAGUGCUUUGCUUGUAUGAGCUGCAAAGUGAUCAUUGAAGAUGGGGACACUUAUGCACUCGUGCAACAUUCCACUCUCUACUGUGGAAAAUGCCAUAACCAGAUUGUGCUGACACCAAUGAUAGAAAAACACUCCACUGAGUCUCUGCGUGAGCAGCUGCCUUAUACGCUGACCCUCAUCUCCAUGCCGGCAGCUACUGAUGGCAAGAGGGGGUUCUCUGUGUCUGUUGAAGGUGGCUGCUCCAGCUACGCCACUGGUGUCCAGGUGAAAGAAGUUAACAGGAUGCACAUCAGCCCAGAUGUCCGAAACGCCAUCCACCCUGCAGAUCGUAUCCUGGAGAUUAAUGGAGCUCCUAUUCGUACAUUACAGGUGGAGGAGGUGGAGGACUUGAUUCGCAAGACAAGCCAGACGCUUCAGCUACUGAUAGAGCACGACCCUGUCUCGCAGCGCUUAGACAGGCUUCGUUUGGACUCCCAUUUUCCCACCCACAUAAAGCCACCCAUUUCCCCACGCUCCCUCUCUCCACUGGACAUCAAGGAGAAUCUGGAAGGAACGCUCCGACGGCGCUCCCUCCGGCGAAGUAACAGCAUUUCUAAGUCUCCUGGCCCCAGUUCUCCAAAGGAACCGCUCCUUCUGAGCCGUGACAUCAGUCGUUCUGAAUCCCUACGUUCCUCUUCUAGCUGCUCCCAGCAAAUCUUCCGGCCCUGUGACCUGAUUCAUGGUGAAGUACUAGGAAAAGGAUUUUUUGGACAGGCAAUCAAGGUGACUCACAAGGCAACAGGAAAGGUGAUGGUGAUGAAGGAGCUGAUUCGCUGUGAUGAGGAAACACAGAAGACUUUCUUGACAGAGGUGAAAGUGAUGCGCAGCCUGGAUCACCCCAAUGUGCUGAAGUUCAUUGGUGUACUGUACAAGGACAAGAAGCUCAAUCUCCUCACUGAGUACAUUGAGGGGGGCACCCUGAAGGAUUUCCUCCGCAAUGCGGACCCGUUUCCCUGGCAGCAGAAGGUCAGCUUUGCCAAAGGAAUUGCCUCUGGAAUGGCUUACUUGCACUCCAUGUGCAUCAUUCACAGAGACCUGAAUUCACACAAUUGCCUAAUCAAGUUGGAUAAGACGGUGGUGGUGGCUGACUUCGGUCUGUCUCGGCUGAUUGUGGAGGAAAGAAAAAAGCCCACUUUGGAGAAGCCAUCUGCCAAGAAACGAACCCUACGCAAGAGUGACAGGAAGAAGCGUUACACGGUGGUUGGCAACCCAUACUGGAUGGCCCCAGAGAUGCUAAAUGGGCAGAGCUACGAUGAGACAGUGGACAUCUUUUCAUUUGGGAUUGUUCUCUGUGAGAUCAUAGGCCAGGUUUAUGCUGACCCGGACUGUCUCCCACGCACACUGGAUUUUGGCCUUAAUGUCAAGCUGUUUUUUCCUGCUGAUUGUCCUCCAGCCUUUUUCCCUCUGGCUGCCAUUUGCUGCAGACUGGAACCAGAGAGCAGGCCCCCUUUUUCCAAGCUGGAAGAUUCCUUUGAAGCGCUCUCUCUCUACCUGGGAGAACUUGCCAUCCCCCUCCCAUCUGAGCUGGAGGAGCUGGACCACAACGUGAGUGUGCAGUAUGGACUGAACCGUGACAAGCUACCUGAAAACACAACCUAGUCAGCUCGUCCUGCUGCCUGCACCACUUCCAUUGGAGUUGAGAUGAGUGACAGGGAGAGAGAUGCACUUCAGCCACUUCCAGGGCAUUAAUGGGGCACCACGCUGUGCGUUUGCUGCAUUGCCUCUCUCUCCCCACCCAACACCCCUCCUUUUGGACAUCCUGAUUCACUGUGGAUUUCUGGCAUGUUUCAGAAGCAAAAAGGGCUGUUUCCUGCCAACUGCACCUAGGAAAGCUGCUCAACACUAUUUUUCUGGCUUGAGAAAUGUUUCUCUGGCCUUUUCAGGCUUCUUUACUGUGGUGCCUUAGAACUUGGCUGCAAGCUGUGAAGCCACCCUGGCCUGUCUGCCAGGGAGGGAAUUGCUAUAGGAGACUCUCCUGGGCGAGGACCAGCACUUCUGGAACUGCUUUUCCCACUGACUACCCUGCUCAGAAAGCUGGGGAAAUUGGCCAUCCAGCAAAAGGCCCCACCAGGACAACGUG